AUUGGCACUAACACGCCAACUCCUAUUAUGGAUAUUUUCCAGAAGUCAUGUGUUGUGGAAAAUGGGACGCUUUGGGCAAAAUCAUUGCAAGGCCAAAAUGUGAACUUAAAAGCAAAAUUUAUCAUUGGCAUUGGCAAUUUAGCACAAGGAGAGAAGACCCCUGUUAGUUUAAACAUCUAUAACACAAACCUAUAUCUCUCUUACCAAUCUGGCAAACUUCAAGUACAGCCAGAGACUCAAAACGCCAUUAAUUACAGCAGCCCGGAUGCCCAGAAGUUUUUUUUCUUCGUUACACAAACUGGUUCUGUAACGUAUUCAUUUGAGCCGGUUACGGCCCCAAAUUGGUUCCUCAGCACUAGCUCUCAAGGAAACUCGCCUGUUACGGUUCAGCCGCUCUCUGCCAAUUCCUAUAAUAAAGAAUUCAAGUUUGACCCAGGAUAUUUUAUUCCUGGUGUUUCUGGGAGCGUUAGUAGGUUUGAUAGACCUUCACAAGAACAGGAAACGUUUGGUGACAUUGACCAGUAUGUUCUGAAUGGAUCCAAAGAGAUGUUUAGUCCGUAUACGUUGUCUUUGAGGCCAGCUGGAGACGUGGCAAACAGAAGUUAUUUUCUGCAAAAUGAGAACUUUCCCAAAAAGCAAUUGAGAAACAGCAGAGGAAUACAAUAUAGAACAACCUAUUCGAUAAGCCGCGUGGCCAACUGGAACCAACCUUGCGGUUCACCGAGACAUCCGGUUGCCAGAUAUGAACUAUUUCCACAUCAGUUUUAAAAAAAAAUGUAAAUUAUAGGUUCCCAUUAAAGAAUUAUUUUCAAUGCCUUCUUUGUAAUAAGUUUUGUAUUAUAUAAAAAAAAACAUUAAAUA